AAAACAUGUUUGAAGAUAUAUCAAAAAGAAAGAAAAAAGAAAAAGAAAAAGAACUCAAAAAAAUGAAAGGGAAAAAGAAAAAGAAAAAAAAACAUAUAAAAAGCAAAAAUGUUAAAAAUCGUCUUCCAAUUGUUCCAGUUGUAAUUUAUAUUACUCCCAGGUUAUCGCACAUUAAUGAAUCUUACAUCUACUUAAUUUCCUUCUCACAUAGCAAGGUUCAGCCUAGGUCUGCUAUUAGAGUUUUUUUUUUACAAUCAAGUGGUAUAUAAAUCUUAUGAAAUGAACACGAAAUAAAUUAAACACAUCCUGCAAAAAUCUUCAUAACUCUUCCAAAGUGCCUUGGAGGAGAAGAUAAAAGUUUUGUCUUCGGUCUCUGAUACUUCUCUUGAUUCCCUCUUCCUCCUCCCAGUCAUAAGAUUACUUAGCUGCCUUUUAAAAUGUGCCCUCAUUUUGAGCAAAUCAGCAGCUUUGCUAAUAGCCCCUGGGUUAGUAUCUUUUUGCCGAGACCGGCCUAGCUCCUUGCUCUUCGACUGCUCUGUGGCCUGAGUUCAUUGAUGGCCAUGUUGACAAUGUGCCAGCUUCCGACACUGCCCUUACAGUUUGCUUGGUGGAAGCAGGAAGAGCCUGUGCUUUUUUUGUUUCUGGGUUUGUUUUUUUAUGUGCUUUCAGUUAACUGGUACUUUACGCCCCUAGACAUGUGAUUGAGCUGUUGAGGGAGAGGCACAUGUGUCAUAAGCCAGCUAGAGGAAGGUCAUUAUCUUGUUUGUUGGGGAGGGGGUAAACACUGGCCACGUGCGUGGAACUACUGGUGCAUUCAGAGGAGCAAGGAAGGCAUAUUCCUCUCUCAAGAGGGAUAGGGUGUGGAUUCUCCAGCGGACCCGCUGGCACCUUGUCCUGCCUGUGGCAGAAUUCAGACAUGAAAAGGCAGAGGACCAGCUGGAAAGCAGGCGUUAAGAAAAGAGUUUCCUGUCCCCCUGUCCCCUGCUUUCUUGCAGCCACUGGAGUGCGCAGCGAGAAUCUGGAACCUUGGACGGGGACUUCACAAUUCCAGGAUGCCAUUCGGACUCUGAAUACGCUCCAGACGAAUGCCAGCUACCUGGAACAAGUGAAACGGGAGCGAGGAGACCCCCAGGCACAGCUGGAAGCCAUGAAAGGCUUUUUGGAGCGAAGUGGAUUGAAGGUCGAAGACCUGGAUCAACUGAACAUCAUUCACGUCACUGGGACGAAGGGCAAGGGUUCCGCAUGUGCCUUCACAGAACGUAUUCUUCGCAACUACGGCUUAAAGACUGGUUUCUACAGUUCUCCACAUCUGGUUCAAGUACGCGAGAGGAUCCGGAUUAAUGGGCAGCCCAUCAGCAAGGAGCUGUUCAGCAAGUACUUCUGGCAGGUGUAUAAUCGGUUGGAGGAGAGCAAGGUUUCUGACCAUCCGGCCAUGCCUGCCUACUUUCGUUUCCUCACCAUCAUGGCUUUCCAUGUCUUCUUGCAGGAAAAGGUAGACCUAGCCGUCAUGGAAGUUGGUAUCGGUGGUGCAUAUGACUGUACCAAUAUUAUCAGGAAACCAGUUGUGUGUGGGGUUUCUUCUCUGGGUAUCGACCACACCAGCAUAUUGGGUGACACCAUUGAGAAGAUUGCCUGGCAGAAGGGAGGCAUCUUCAAGCCUGGAGUGCCGGCAUUCACUGUUCCUCAGCCAGAGCGGCCCUUAGAUGUCCUGAGAGAGAGAGCUGAGAAGAGCUCGUGCCAGCUCUACCUGUGCCCUGACCUGGAUGCCUUCGAAGAGGAUGGGAAGCCUCUUCGACUGGGAUUGGCGGGCGACCACCAGCGCUCCAACGCUGCCUUGGCCCUCCAGCUCUCUCGCACGUGGCUUGGACAGCAGGGGUAUCUGGAUAUUGGUGAGCUGAAGGCCCCGUGGUUGAGCUCAGAGCUGCCGGCAAAGAGAUCUCCACCGUUGGCCCCUGCCUUCAAGCCAGGAGCAGCCAUGCUGCAAGGGCUAGAGGCAGCCGUGUGGCUUGGUCGAAACCAGGUGCUACACCACGGCCCAGUGACGUGGUACAUCGAUGGGGCCCACACCACCAGCAGUAUACAGGCCUGUGUCCGCUGGUUUCGCAAAGCUGCCUUGAAUGAGGAGAAGCCUGCAGACGGCUCUGAAGUCCGGGUGCUCCUCUUCAACGUGACAGGCGAUCGCGAUACUGCUGCUCUACUUAAGCUGCUGCUGCCUUGCCAGUUCGACUAUGCCGUUUUCUGCCCCAAUUUCACUGAAGUUUCCACCGCAGGAAAUGCAGAUCAGCAGAACUUCAAUGUCACCCUGGAGAAUGUCCUGACCCGUUGCCUGCAAAACCAGACCCACUGGAACCGCCUGAUGGAGGCAAAAGUGGGCCCGGACCCUUGGCUGUCUGCCUCAACAGAAGUGGAAGGGGUGGCUGGGUGGCUGAAGCAGGCCCCCCUGCACGGCCCCCCGCUCUUCUUGCCACCCUCGGCACGCCCACUCAACAGCAACUCCUUGGUCUUCCCUUGCAUCUCCAAGGCCUUGCAGUGGAUCACCCAAGGCAGGGACCCGCACUUCCAGCCCCCGGCAUCCCGAGGGCUCCACCCUCACCCAGCAGCCAGCAGCGGGGCUGUCUUGCUCAAGGAAGCGGCCACCAUCCAGGUCCUGGUGACGGGGAGUUUGCACCUGGUGGGUGGUGUCUUAAAGCUGCUCAACCCGUCUCUUUCGGAGUAGAGGGUACUGUUGGACACCCCCCUCUUGAGGCCUGUGUUUGCUGCCUACUUGAAAUGUCAUUGGGAAGCUGGGCUGCACCUUCACACUGGUUUCACUGCAGCGUUCAGGCGUUGGGCUGCCUCCUGAGUCCAUGGAACCUCUAAUUCUUCCUUAAAAUUCUUUCCCUGAGGAACAUGGCUUGGCCCCUGAACAAUAUGGAAUCCUCCUGGUCAGACAGGCUGUGCAAAGAAGAUGACGCCUCCAGCAACGUUCUUGAUGCCAGAAUUCUCCCCUUCCCCCACCCCACCCAGGCACUGAAGUUCUACAGGUGGGGGAAAUGGCCACCAGCCCACCACCCAGAGAAAGAGAUUCCCCUGCCUUCUCCCCAAUUUGGAAAUUUUCCUCUCUUCCCUCACCCCCUGCUUGCUUCUUUGUGUGUGGGUGCUGCAGAAGAAGAAGCCCCCAUGCUCUGCAAAACAGAGCUCACCUACCUGCCCCCGGCCACCACCCUGGGCCAAGCACACAGUGUGAGUUCUCGCUCCUUUGCUGACUCCUUGUUGUCACCUCUACUGGUCUCACCAAGUCAAAUGCAUGGCUGGCAGCCUUCGACUGAUGACUCUUGCAAUGUGCCUUUAGAAAAGAAUCUUACUGCUAGCCCCUUUCCUUCACCACCACCACCUCAUCAACUCUCCUUCUGGAGUAGUGGGUUGAUACCUUCAGGGACUUGCUCCCUGAAGGCAUUUAAAAAGAAAAUGUUCCUCAGCAUUUUGGUACGGUUUUAAAACACUCUGUUGAUUUUUUGUUUUGUUUUAAACAAUUCCUCUUGAGCGAGGAAGUCCUGACCUUGCUGCUUGCCAUUGGCUUCUGAGAAAGCCAUUCAGUGUCCACCGGAGAGCAGGCUAUGAGGCCCAAGUGGUUGACUUGUGUAGACGUAGGUGCAUCUACACACACACAUACACACACACACACACACACACACACAAAUCAUGGUCCAUAUGGGAGCCUACCCUGACCCAUGCAGUUGGUGUUGGCAGUUAAGGGGCUGGGGAUCAUGAGAUGGCCAGAGUUGGCUUCCCAGAAGGUGUGCUGGAGAGGCAAGUGCCUGUCUCUUUGGGGUGGAAUGAGAAGAGCGCAACCACUGUGCUCCCCUGUGUGUGCUGUCCACUCUUAAAGUGCAGAGUAAUAACUAUAACUGCCCGAUGACUUGAGGGAGCAACCUUUUUUUCCAUCAUCUUUUUAAAAUACACCUAUUGGAAAGCAAGGCCAAGUGUUUGAAAUGAGAGAUUUUAUGCUGUGAACGCUGCAAGCCAUUUACUGUUGCUUGGUUUCAGAGGCACAGCUACAGUCUUUGUGCUUUCUCUGACUGCACUGGAAAGGGAGCAGGGUGGGGGGCCUUUUGGCUCUCCUGGUGCUGGUUGGAGUCCCAGCCUUCAUCAGCUCCACCCUGCAUGCCCAGUGGGUCUAGGACUCUUGCAUUUGUAGUCUAGCAACAUAUGGAGGACCACUUUCCCUCUGCCAUCAAAUUGCACACAGUGAACAAAAAAGGAAGGGCCCAGAUUUUUUUUGGGGGGGGGAGGGGUGCUGGAAUCCAUUGUGUGCAAAGGGGUUUCAGGGAGGGGGUCAUUGCUUCAUGCAGACUUUGACUUUUAAAAAAUUAAUAUUUGAUUCAUAUUUGGAACCUAUCUUCUUCGGGUUGUACCACCCUUGAAUAUUCAGUGACCUGCUUGUUGCUAAGUAUCUCCUUGCCAGAGAGAAGUUUGCCACCUUCUCCCUGGUGUCUUAGCUUUCCUUGCAUGGGAAUUCUUUUGAUGGAGGCCUUUCAGUCAAGCCCCUCCUGCAUUCCUGGGUCUUAUGAUCUGGCUGCAGGUCCCAUCCCUUGCUGGAUGGAUAUGCACAUCUGUUUGGAAUCUGAUUCUGACAUCUGCCUGCAGGGUGAGAAUAAAUAUGGGUAACUCUUGGGGUGGUAGCAAAAGCAGAAGGGGGGGGGACACAACAGACUUCUCAGGGUGCCAGUGGGGGCUCUUCCAGAAUGGUUUACUCUGCUUGUGAUACGAAACAAAUGAAUUAUAUUCAACAUUAGUCCUACUUAAAGUAGACUUGUUGAAAUUAAUGGGCCUAACUAUCUGAGAAAUUAGUAAACCUCACCCCCUGGGAUGCUAGCGGAUCCUUCCGGAGAACACCCCCACCUUUUGAUGUUAACAUUCAUGCCUUGCCUCUCUGCCCCCCCCCACCCCUGCUCUCGUGGAGCCAAAUAUGCAGCAGAAAGCAUCACCUGCUAAGAGUUGCAGGAGUUGGGUAUGAGAUUGAUUUAUGCUGCUUUUGUCCAUGGUACUGUACUUCAGAGUUCUUAGAGCAUUUCCCCCUUGUGGUUCUUGUUGUCCGGGAUCCACUGAGCCAAUACAAUGGGACCAGUGCCAUGAGCAGCAGGUUUUGGGCAUUUGUCUUGAGCAGUGUGAUCUGCUCACUGCCCACAUCCUUUGUUAGUUUACGACCAAGCAAGUCUCUUCCCUCCUUUUAGCUGUGUGCGUUCUAGGAAGACCUAAACUAGUUCUAACCAAAAUUCAACCUUGUUCUGAAUUCUUGCUGAAGGUGGUGGUCCAGUAAUCUCUCGACCUUCAUAGAGCACAUUACAGGUAGUGACCACCUGCUUUUUGAGUAAUGGUACUGCUUCCCAAUACAAAUAAAGAGAGCUUUCCAUCCCUCUUCCCCAACCCCACCUAAAGGGGAAGGAAACUUAAAUGGAUAGUUCUUAAGAAACACUUUUAUCUUAAAACUGGAUUAUUUUUUCCUGAUUGCAUUUUAAAUCUUGUAACUGUUUUUCAUGUUUCUUGACUUGUUUGUUCCUUUAUAAAAACAAAAAACUGACUUUCUGUGUCUGUCUGUCUUGGAUUAAUAAAAAAUGUUGUUUUUGCCAGACAUGUUGAGUCAGGAACAGGUGCUUUCAAUAAAGAACUGACAUACUAGAA